GAAUUGAGCACAACUUGUAGACCUGAAACGGAAUGGAAUGGGAAAAAAUUAUAACAUUAAUUAAAUUAACAAAAUGAAUGAAUUUAAAAUCAAUUUUCAAUUCAAAUUAUUAAUGUGUACGUGAUAUACGACAAAUUGUAUAAUGGGCAAUACGUGUUUUGGCAUAAAUCCUAAUCAAUCUGAACAUUCAACAACACCAACAACGCCAACGACGAUUAAUCAACAGAAACGACAACGACGACAACGACAUCGAAAACAAUUUGAAUCAUCAUCAUCAUCGAUAAUUUAUUCAGAAAUCAAUCAAAAAUCAUUUGAAUUUUUAAAUGGUGGCAGUUCUAGUACUACUAGUAUUAAUAGUAGCAACGGUGGUGGUGGCAAAAAUUUACGACGUACAAAUGAAUUAUUACGUUAUCUAUUACAAUGUGAAUCAAUCGAUGAAUGGUCAAAAUUAACAUCAUCGACAUCGAAAUUUCGAAACAAUCCAUUAUUUCGUGAUCAAACAUUAACAAAAACCAUUACAAAUAAACCAAUAAUGCAGAUAAAAACUGAUCAAGCAUUUACAAAGCGAAAAAUUCAACAAAUGCGUUCCAAUCUGGAUCGAUUACCGCCGGAUACAGCGUUAAUAAUAAUGCCACCAUUUUCAAAUUUUGAUAUGAUCAUACCAGGUAUAUAUCAAACCGGUACUACCGGUUUGAUCAUAGAAACCAUGCAAGAAUCACGUAUUCGAAUGAUUAUUAAUGCAACAUAUGAAAUGCCAUUAUUGAAACAAUCGGAUAUAAUAACAUUUCGUGUACCAGUGGAAGAUGAUUGUCAAGAACCAAUACAACAAUAUUUUGACGAUGUUGCCGAUCUGAUGGAAGCCAUUCGAUUACGUGGCCAUUCAUCCGUCAUACAUUGUAUGGCUGGUGUAUCACGUUCAGCAACAUUAAUAUUAGCUUAUAUGGUGAAAUAUACAACAUUCACAUUGUAUGAAGCAUUUUUGCAUAUAAAAUCCAUACGACAACCAAUCAGGCCAAACAUUGGUUUCAUUCAACAGCUAAUACAAUAUGAAGCACGUGUGAAUAAUGGCAGAAAAUCUGUGGAUAUGGAACAAAUAGAACAAUAUUCAACAGUAGCAGCAGAUCAACAAGAAAAAGUAAAAAUUUUGGUACCAAAAUUUUAUCGUUUACAUUAUCCAGAAUUAUAUGAAUUGGAAAUUCGUCGACAAUUAAACAAUUCAAAUUGUACUGAUCAAAAUAACGCCAAUAACAAUACCACCUAAUAACAAUAAAUAAUACAAACAAACGAUCGAUAAUGAUGAUAAAUAAAAAAUACAGAAAAUUCGAAACAUUCGAAUGAAGCUGUUUUCCUUUUCACAUAUGACGUAA